UCAUUUUUAAUGAUAGUUAUCCUAAAAUAUACAUAAAUUUUAUGUUAAAAUUACUAAAAGUUUUUGGAAAUUGUUCUAACAACAGAAAAUGUCCUAAAUCUUCAAUGCUCUUAAAGCUGGUCACAUCACAUUUUGGCUCCUCAAGAAAUAUUGGCUUGAGAAAUGUGCGACCCAGAAAAUCGGGUACCAUGAAAGAAGUUAAUCUCAAAAUAAUGCAACGAUUGGGCUUAGAAACCGGUUAUAUUAAAGAAGCAGAAAAACGUGAUCAUCUUUUAAAAUACACACCCCUUCAAGAGGAAUUACCUAAACGCUCCAUGAAAGAUUCCUAUAUGGAGGCAUAUAUACCGUUAAGUAUAUGUGUAGAUAUGCAAGUGAAUUAUGUUAGUGCUGUGGGAACUGUGCGCUUGGGUCGGCUUAUGGAACAAUUAGAUAUGUUUGCGGUAUGGAUAUGUCAACAACAUGUCUUGCUACCCAAAUUACCCGAACAUGAACCUUUACCUUACACCUUUGUCACAAUAUUGGUAGAUAAAAUGACAUUUUCCAAAUUAUUACCCGCAUACAAUCAAGAUAUACGUAUAACCGGUCAUGUAUCAUGGGUGGGUAGGACCUCUUUGGAAAUAAGCGUUUGGCUGGAACAAAAACAUGAAGAAAGUUUUCGUCUAAUAACACAGGCAGUAUUCCUUAUGGCUGCUCGUAAUGCCACUAAUACAAAAUCGGCACCAGUUAAUCCUCUAAAACUCGAUAAUGAAGAAGAAAUGGAAAUAUUCCAAAUGGGUGAGGAAAGACGUAAAACCCGUAAACGUUUGCAUGAAACUUCAAUAUUUAAAAUUAAACCUACCGAAGAGGAACAUGCACUCAUGUACGCACUCUUUCAAGAUACCACCGAUAACUCGUAUUUACAAUUGAAUAAUAGAUUUUUGCCCCAGAAUAGUCGGUGGAUGAAUGAUUUAUUUAUUGUUAAUACUUUUCUUUGCUUUCCCGAAAAUCGUAAUGCUCAAAAUACCGUUUUCGGUGGCUUUCUAAUGCGUCAAUCUUAUGAAAUAAGUUGGAUGAGGGCAUAUCUUUAUUGUGGCCAACGUCCGUCUUGUGAACGUUGUUGUGAUAUCAGUUUUGAACAGCCCGUACAAAUGGGUUCGAUUAUUAAAAUGAUUGCUUAUAUUGUUUAUACAGAAGAUAAAUUUAUGCAAAUUAUGACUGUGGCGGAGAUUUUAGAUCCCAGCGGUAAAGGUCCAGUGACCACAAAUAUAUUUUAUUAUACAUUUUCAUGUGUCGAUAAAAUUACCGAAGUUUUACCGAAAUCCUAUCAUGAAACUAUGUGGUAUAUACAUGGUAGGCGCAAAUUUUAUUAUGCUAUGGAUAAGGGAAAAUAAAAAUAAUACUAACAUCUCUAAA